AUGGGAGGCGGGGGAUCCUCGGCCUUGGCGCAAGCUACUUUCCAAAAAGAUAGAGCAACUUGGAUGCGGUCCAAGCGAUUCAGCCCGGAUAUGAAUUACAUGGUGGACCGCAUUACGUUGCCAAUUGUGGAUGAGUCGGAAAAGAAAGACAAGCCUGAAGAGAAAGAAAAGGGAGCAGUUGAAGAGAAGGAGGAUUCGAAGAAGAUUCCCUUGAGGCCAUACCAACCUCCCAUUCCAUAUCCUAUGCCAAAGUAUGCAAAGUUUUUAAAAGAAAUCCUAAGCAACAAGAGGAAGUUAGAGGAUUUGGGAUUGGUGACCUUGAAUGCAAAAUGCUCAGCAGUGUUUCAGAGCAAGAUUCCACUCAAACGACGCGACCCAAGGAGUUUUACUAUACCUUGUUUGAUUGGAGAUAAAUUGAAAUUGCUAGCAUUAGCUGAUUUGGGAGCUAGCAUCAAUUUGAUGCCUAGUUCAUUGUUUGAGGAGUUAGGACUAAGCACUUCUAAGCUAACUCCUACCAGGAUGAGUAUACAACUAGCAUACAGAACUGUUAAGUACCCGAAAGGGAUUAUAGAAGAUGUGCUAGUUAAAGUUAACAAAUUUAUAUUUCUUGUGGAUUUUGUUGUCAUGGAUAUGAAUGGUGAGAGUGAUGUCCCAUUGAUCCUAGGUAGACCAUUUUUAGCUACAUCUAAAGCUUUGAUAAAUGUUAGUAGCGGAAAGCUGAAACUUAGGGUAGAUGAUGAGAGCAUUACAUUUGAUUUGACUAAAUCCUUGAGAUACCCAUAUGAGCGUGAUGGUACUGUUUGUUCGAUUGAUUUUAUCAAUGAUAUUGUGGAAUCUCAAUUGCAGGAAAUAAUGAUUGAUGAUCCUUUGCAAGUGGCAAUGCAAGAAAAUGAGGACAAUUUAUCCUAUGAACAAGUGUUGGAGUAG